UUAUUCUAUCUACUGUACAUGCCGUCAAUGGGUUCGCUGCCUUGUGAAGAAGAAAUAUCGAACCACAACAUUGCUAAAGAAGAAGAAGCAGGAGAUGAAGUUCCUGCAAACUGGAGGAGAAACCUGGACCGUGACACUGUGGUUUUGAUUUGGACAUGGCCGUUCGGACGUCGGUUCAAGAUGGAGUCUUGCAGCAAGCUGUUCAACAUCACAGGCUGUCGCUUUACAGACAACCGAAGCGAGUACGAGAAAGUUCACACAAUCAUUUUCCAUCACAGAGACAUCCAGGAUAACGUCUACGAGCUGUUGAGGAUGAGGAGACCACUGCUGCAGAAGUGGGUCUGGAUGAACAUGGAGUCUCCCGGGAAUUCCCAGAGACGAGCUCAGCUCGAUGGGUUGUUCAACCUGACGACGAGUUAUCGCAGAGAUUCGGAUGUUUGGGUUCCUUACGGGAGAAUCAUAGAAGCAUCUGAGGAGGACAAAGCCUUCCAAAUCCCACCGAAGGACAAAUUAGUGUGCUGGAUCGUCAAUAACUGGAACACACGCUUAAAAAGAGCCCCAUAUUUUUAUGAAUUAGGGAAACAUGUUCAGAUUCACACGUACGGCGGGGCAUUUGAAAGACAACUAAGUCUAGAAGAGUAUUACAAAACCCUGUCCAGCUGUAAAUUCUACUUAGCAUUCGAGAACUCCAUCCACAAAGACUACUUCACAGAAAAACUGUUUAACCCCAUGAAAUUCGGCACGGUUCCUGUGGUUCUCGGUCCACCCAGGGAGAACUAUGAGGAAUUCAUUCCAGCAGAGUCAUUCAUUCACGUGGACGAUUUCAAAUCCCCUCAAGAACUGGCAGAACAUCUCACAUUUCUGGACCAGAACCAGGAAGCUUAUGAACAGUACUUCACCUGAA